UUCCCCAUCUUGAAUUCCCUCGAACCAAACACGCUGUAAAGAAAAGAUUGAUAUACCUAACCUACAGUCCGUACAGUUCGUCCACUUUGCGCCGUGGCACGUACCUGCUCCCGAUGGCCGCCGCCGACCCAGUCCGCGACGGGCAGACGGCCCUCGCGCUCCGCCUCGUCAAGCACCUCGCGGCCGCGGACGCGGACGCCGCCGCUAAGAACGUCGCGUUCUCGCCCGUAUCCAUCCACGCUGGCCUCGCGCUGGUGGCCGCGGGUGCGGGCGGCGCCACGCGGGCCCAGCUGCUCAGCUUCCUCGGCGCGCCGACGGCGGACGGCCUCGCUGCCUUCGGUCGCCUCGUCGCCGACCGCGUCCUGGCCGACAAGGCGGGCUCUGGCGGGCCGCGCGUGCUCUUCGGCGGCGGCGUCUGGAUCGACGCCUCGCGCGGCGGGCUCAAUGAGGCGUUCAAGGAGGUCGCCGCCAAGUCCUACAAGUCCGAGACCCGCACCGUCAGCUUCAUCGAUGAGCCGGAGGAAGCAGUGGAGACGAUCAACCGCUGGGUGAAGAAGGCGACCAACAACCUCAUCGACUCCAUGAUCUCACGCAGCGACAUCACCGCCGACGCCAACCUCGUGCUCGCCAACGCGGUCUACUUCAAGGGCAGCUGGCUCAAUCCCUUCAACGUUUGCCACACGUCAUCGGGCAAAUUCCACCGGCUUGAUGGGAGCCACGUCGAGGCAGCGUUCAUGUACGAGCUCAAGACCAUGUCCAUCUCGUGCAUAGACGUUCCUACUCACUAUGAAGGUAGUAACAUAGUCUAGGGAAGUGUGUAAGUUACUAGCUUAUGUUCUUGCCCAUUGUGACCAGCCUUAGUAGGAGGAAUCUAACAUCCCACCUGAAUUAACAUGCAGAGAGCAGAGAAGAGAUAUGUAACAACCAGCUUCCUCAACUCCCUAACCUCCAACCAAAAAAUGGAUUAAAUGUUUCGUACAUCGUA